CGCAAAGGGGGCGGGCCCACGGAGCCUGCUUCCAGCCGGAGGAAGAGGGAACCCCUUAAGGUCGGGGUUACACCUCCUCAGGUUGGAGGUUAAGCAUGGGGAAGAGCUGCAAGGUGGUUGUGUGUGGCCAAGCAUCUGUGGGCAAAACUUCAAUCCUGGAGCAGCUUCUGUAUGGGAACCAUGUAGUAGGUUCUGAGAUGAUUGAAACCCAGGAGGACAUAUACGUGGGUUCAAUUGAGACAGACCGGGGAGUACGGGAGCAGGUGCGUUUCUAUGACACCCGGGGACUUCGAGACGGGGCUGAGUUGCCCCGGCACUGCUUCUCCUGCACCGAUGGCUAUGUCCUGGUCUACAGCACGGACAGCCGAGAGUCCUUCCAGCGUGUGGAGCUGCUCAAGAAGGAGAUUGACAAGUCCAAGGACAAGAAGGAGGUUACCAUCGUGGUCCUUGGCAAUAAGUGUGACCUGCAGGAGCAGCGACGUGUAGACCCAGAUAUGGCUCAGCAUUGGGCCAAGUCAGAGAAGGUGAAGCUAUGGGAGGUAUCGGUGGCUGACCGCCGCUCCCUCCUAGAGCCCUUCGUCUACCUGGCCAGCAAGAUGACCCAACCCCAGAGCAAGUCUGCCUUUCCCCUCAGCCGCAAGAACAAGGGCAGCGGCUCCUUGGAUGGCUGAAAACCUGCUGUUCUUUCUUCACUUUCCUAACCCCAUUCUAGCUUCUGGGGCUCUAAAGGAUGGAUUGACAGCAAGGGGUACAUAGGCAAGCUUUAGGGGAGACACUCUAGGCGGCCAGCUGGGCUGGCCUAGGCCAAAGCCACUUCUGUUCCCUCUCUAGGAGGUGGGUGGGGCUACUUGUAGGUCAUCUUCCCUUCCAUCUGCCCUGGGAAGGCUGAAGAGCUCCCAUACUGAAGUGCCCAAUUACAGGUCUGCUCCUAUUACAGGGUCUUAACCCUCUGCAUUUCCUGCCAGUAAUAUGCAUAUAUCUAAAGCAUCCAGCCUGGACUUGAGAAAGACAUGCUGGUGAUAGGGAUGGCUCCUCAUCCCUCACCUUGAUCUUUCCAUAGCCAGUUCUUGGCUGGAAGAAGACAGCCUCCUGGGAGUGUCAAUUUGUGUUUGAAGUCUUAACUCCCUUCCCCCAACUGUUUCACUUCCUCUUCCUGCUUUGGGAGGAGAUGGGCCUCAUUGGUUGAGGCUGAACUGAGUGAUGACUAAGCUGUGAGUCACCAGCUGACUGUGUGGCCCAGUAAGGCAAUUCUCCUCUGGCUGUGGGUUUGUUUUUCUCAUCUGUAAUUUGACAGGAGUUGCUUAAUCCAUCUCCUGGAUCCUUUUCAGCUCUAUGAUUUUCUAAAGGCUGUGGCUUUGCCCCCUUGCUUUUCUCUCUUUAAGGUGCUAUACCUACCAGCCCUGGAGGCUGGGCUUCUCUCCCUCCAACCACUAGGGGGCAAGAGUGCACUCUCAGUUGCCAGUGGCAAUCUAGUACCCAGUCUGCAGACCACCCCAUGGGAACUGGUCUUCAUUCCUCUCUCUCUGGUUGUUUUCAGUGAGUAGCUGGAUUUAUAUUUAUAUUCCCUGUAUUUAUAUGCCUGAUGCCAUGGUGAAGGCUGGACAAGGUGCUCCUCUAGCCCUUCAUCCUUACCUCAGAUGCCUGAAUAAAACCAGGCAAACCAGUAGCAGCCUCCUGAGCUAAUAAGCCUUGUGUUUUGAGGUUCAGAAGGGAGGCUGUACACAGGCAUGCUAUCAAGUGAGCUUACAACCCCGAUUUCCAGUGCCCACUUUUUGUUUCUAGUAUGUAUAGCUGGCGUGGGUGAGACACUACAACCAGGCAACCUCCAAUUCAUACUUCUCUACUGAACAGAAGUAUAGGGGCUGGUACCCAGGGCUGGGAAAGGAGAGUUCAGGGCAUCUUCAGGCUCAAAGUUCAUUUAUUGUUGUGUUGGACACAAUAAAACCACAACUGCUGUUAUCAAAAAGUUCCCCCCACCCUUCUU